UCAAAGUCUCUCUUCUCUGCAAACUCGAGCUUUAGUUUUCGACAAAGAACGACGCCAUUUUGGGACCGAAAAAUGGGAAUCCAAUCCUGCUGGACCCUUCCUGGGCUCUCCCCCAAGCCCUGCGACACCUGCAAGUCGUCUCCGGCCGCCGCCUUCUGCCGCGCUGACUCCGCCUACCUCUGCCUCGCCUGCGACUCCAGGAUCCACUGCGCCAACAAGCUCGCCUCCCGCCACUACCGCGUCUGGAUGUGCGAGGUCUGCGAGCAGGCUCCGGCCGUUGUCACCUGCAAGGCCGACGCCGCCGCCCUCUGUGUCACGUGCGACGCCGAUAUCCACUCGGCGAACCCGCUCGCCCGCCGCCACGAGCGCGUCCCCAUCGAGCCUUUCCUCGACUCCGCCGAGUCCAUCACCAAGUCCGCCGCCUUCCGCGACGCCGUGUCGUCUCCCAAGAACGACGACGCCGACUCCCUCCUCAUUCCCAACCUGAAUUUCGCAUGCAAGUUCGUCGACUCUCUCGACAUCAAGCCGGACAUGUACUUCCCGGAAAUGGACUCCAUACUCGAGUUUGACUACCCGAACCCGAUCCAGAGCUCCGGUAUGGACAGCGUGGUUCCGGUUCAACCCGACCCGAUUGCGCACUCUGCUGUCCUCCACCAUCCUCCUCAUGAGAAUUGCUUAGACAUUGACUUCUGCAGGAACAAGCUCUCUUCCACCUUCAGCUAUCCAGCUCAAUCUAUCAGCCAAAGCGUCUCCUCGUCGUCCAUGGACGUCGGAGUUGUACCCGACGGGAACUCGUUAUCUGAUAUUUCCUAUCCUUUCAUGGCGAACAUGAACAACCACGGCGUGGAGUCGGGUGUUCCGGGGACGGCGAGCCAAGCCACCCAGCUGAGGGGAGUGGACCGGGAGGCGAGAGUGAUGAGGUACAGAGAGAAGAGGAAGAACAGAAAGUUCCAGAAGACAAUCCGAUACGCCUCAAGGAAAGCGUACGCGGAAACCCGGCCAAGAAUCAAAGGCCGGUUCGCGAAACGCAAUGAGACCGAGACCGAGACGGAGGCCAUGGACCGGAUCUUCAACCCGGUGCCGGGGAGUUAUAUAGCAGACGCGCAAUACGGCGUCGUCCCGACGUUUUGAUUGUCAUAAAUUGUUUUUACUUUUAGAAAUGGUUAAAAGUUUUAUUACUAGAGGUGUAAUUUGGUAAGAAAAAAAAACAAAAAACAAAAGGGGACUACAGGGGUGGUGUUUUAAUGUGCCUUUUGAGCUACAUCGCUGGAGAGCCUUAAAUCGUUUGUGUUUCUAUUUGUCUUCAUCUUUUUAUAUCAUCAUUAUAUAAAAAAAAAUCUCAAAAGAUCACGGAUCUCUUUCUGUGUUCUGAUUGGUCCA